AUGGACCUCAAAGACAAGAACAAGCUUCUACCUUUUGCUUCUUCUCGCUCGCUAAAGCACCCUCAGCUGAACCGCAAUCCAGUAUUGGCUUGCCGAGCAUCACGUGGCUCUCCCGUGAUUCCUGUCGGGAAAGAUGAUUUACCUAUUCAUGGAGUGGCUGAAGUGAUUGUUGGUGUUCUUGGAGGGGGUCAGCUGGGUCGUAUGCUAUGUCAAGCAGCUUCACAAAUGGCCAUUAAAGUGAUGGUAUUGGACCCACAAGAGAACUGCCCAGCUAGUAAACUUGCCUAUCAUCAUAUGGUUGGAAGCUUUGAUGAUAGCGCUACAGUCCAAGAAUUUGCAAAGAGAUGUGGAGUGUUGACUGUGGAAAUUGAGCAUGUGGAUGUGGAGACAUUAGAGAAACUUGAGCUGCAAGGAGUGGAUUGCCAACCCAAAGCCUCUACAAUCAGAAUAAUUCAGGAUAAGUAUCUCCAAAAGGUCCAUUUUUCGCAGCAUGAUAUUCCACUUCCUGAAUUUAUGCAGAUAGAUGAUCUUGAAGGUGCCAAGAGAGCAGGGGACCUCUUUGGCUAUCCUCUUAUGAUAAAAAGUAAAAGGUUAGCUUAUGAUGGACGUGGAAAUGCUGUCGCUAAGAGCGACAAUGAGCUUUCUUCUGCUGUAACUGCUCUUGGAGGGUUUGAUCGUGGUUUAUAUGUUGAGAAAUGGGCCCCUUUUGUAAAGGAGCUGGCUGUCAUUGUUGCAAGAGGAAGAGACAAUUCUAUCCUUUGCUACCCCGCUGUUGAAACUAUACACAAGGAAAACAUUUGUCACAUUGUAAAGGCACCUGCUAACAUGUCAUGGAAGAUCAGAGAGCUGGCCACUGAUAUUGCCUCCAGAGCUGUUAGUUCAUUAGAAGGUGCUGGUGUGUUUGCAGUUGAGUUGUUCUUGACAAAGGAUGAUCAGAUUUUGCUCAAUGAAGUAGCUCCUAGACCUCACAAUAGCGGUCAUCACACAAUAGAGUCUUGCUACACCUCACAGUAUGAACAGCAUUUGCGGGCUGUUGUUGGGCUUCCACUUGGUGAUCCGUCAAUGAAAACUCCGGCUGCAAUUAUGUACAAUUUACUUGGUGAAGAUGAGGGAGAACCUGGUUUCCAUCUAGCUCAUCAACUGAUUGCAAGAGCAUUGUGUAUUCCAGGGGCUACUGUUCAUUGGUAUGAUAAGCCAGAAAUGCGAAAGCAACGGAAGAUGGGUCAUAUAACCAUUGUUGGACCUUCCAUAGGCAAUGUCGAAAAGCUCCUGGAUUCAAUGUUAAAUGAAGAGAGCUCUGAAAGUCAGUCUGCAGUUGCACCACGUGUUGGUAUUGUAAUGGGCUCUGAUUCGGAUCUUCCUGUUAUGAAAGAUGCUGCAAAUGUUUUGAAUAUGUUUGGAGUGCCUAACGAGGUGAGAAUAGUUUCAGCACAUCGUACUCCUGAAUUGAUGUAUUCUUAUGCCUUGUCUGCUCGAGAGAGAGGCAUUCAGGUCAUCAUUGCUGGUGCUGGUGGUGCAGCUCACUUGCCAGGCAUGGUAGCUGCCCUCACUCCUUUGCCCGUUAUUGGUGUCCCUGUGCGUGCUUCUACAUUGGAUGGAGUUGAUUCGCUUUUAUCCAUUGUGCAGAUGCCAAGAGGGGUCCCAGUGGCAACGGUUGCUGUAAACAACGCUACUAAUGCUGGUUUGCUGGCAGUAAGGAUGUUGGGUGUCUGCGAUGCUGAUCUACUGUUAAGAAUGAGCCAGUAUCAAGAAGACACAAGGAAUGAAGUCUUGACAAAGGCAGAGAAACUACAGAAAGAUGGUUGGGAAUCUUAUUUGAAUCCGUGA